GCAGAGACACACACACACACACACGCACACACACACGCACACAGGAUCGCAUCAGGGACACGGGGCCGAGCGGAGGGCCGAAGCCCGUCAAUGAGGAGCUGAGAUUGAGAGAAGCCACCGGGGCUCCGGAGGAAUGCGCCGUUAGGGCGGACCUGAAGGAGCGCACCCGGGACUCGCACCCAGGGCGGCGGGUCCAGAACUAGAUACACAGACACAGAGCCACCAUCGGCGGCGCAGCCGGAGUCUCCGCGUGUGUGGAGUGGUUUACCGUGGACAUUUACCACGUUUACCUCGGUGGGUCCGGCGAUGGCGCUCGUGAUGGAGCCGGUGAGCAAGUGGAGCCCGGGACAGGUGGUCGACUGGAUGAGAGGGCUCGAUGACUGCCUGCAGCAGUACAUUAAGAACUUUGAGCGGGAGAGGAUUGGUGGAGAGCAGCUGCUGCGCAUCACUCACCAGGAGCUGGAGGACCUGGGCGUGUCUCGUAUCGGACACCAAGAACUCAUUCUGGAGGCUGUGGACCUCCUGUGUGCGCUGAAUUAUGGCCUGGAAACAGAGAACCUGAAGACGCUCUCCCACAAACUCAACGCUUCAGCCAAAAACCUGCAGAACUUUAUCACGGGUCGUCGUCGGAGUGGACAUUACGACGGCCGCACCACCCGGAAGCUGCCCAACGACUUCCUCACAUCUGUAGUAGACCUCAUCGCUGCUGCCAAGAGCCUCUUGGCCUGGUUGGAUAGGUGCUACUUGUUCUUCAGGUCCCCGUUUGCGGCGGUGGCGGACUACUCUGUGACCCGAAACAACGUGAUCCAGCUGUGCCUGGAGCUCACCACCAUCGUGCAGCAGGACUGCACCGUGUACGAGACGGAGAACAAGAUCCUGCAUGUGUGUAAAACGCUGUCGGGGGUGUGCGACCACAUCAUCUCGCUGUCCUCGGACCCGGUGGUCUCUCAGUCUGCCCACCUGGAGGUGGUCCACCUGACGAACAUCAAGCCCUCCGAGGGACUGGGCAUGUACAUCAAAUCGACGUAUGAUGGGCUGCAUGUCAUCACGGGAACCACAGAGGGGUCACCAGCUGACCGCUGUAAGAAGAUCCAUGCGGGUGAUGAGGUCAUCCAGGUCAACCACCAGACCGUGGUGGGCUGGCAGCUGAGGAACCUGGUGAGCUCUCUGCGUGGAGACCCCGCUGGCGUGGUACUAACCCUGAAGAAACGUCCACAGAGCACCCUGGGCUCUGCCCCGGCCUUGCUGAAGAACAUGCGCUGGAAGCCGCUGGCGCUGCAGCCCCUCGUUCCAUCAAGCCCCACCAGCAGCGUGGCCACACCCACCAGCACCAUAAGCACACCGUCCCGGAGAGACAGCUCCGCCCUGCAGGACCUCUUUAUCCCGCCUCCCCCGUCGGAGCCCUACACACCCAGAGAUGAGCAGGGUAACCUACCUGGAGACGACGUCUCCGGUCUCCAUGGCGUCCCCGUUGCCAAGGGCUCCGAAUCACCAAACUCCUUUCUGGACCAAGAGUACCGCAAGCGUUUCCCGUUGAUGGAGGAGGAGGCCGUACUCUAUUGCUACGAGUAUGACAAGAACCGGAGCACCCCGCCGGGUCGGAGGGACAGCACACCCACAUAUGGCAGGCUGAGGCCCGUCUCCAUGCCCGUGGAGUACAGCUGGGUGGGGGAUUACGAGGAUCCGGGCAAACUGAAGCGAGAGAGCAGGAGAGAGAACUCUCUUCUGCGCUAUGUGAGCGAGGACCAGGGCCCCCCGGAGGAGUACCUCACAGGCCGCAGCAGCAGGCGCAGCAGGAGGAAGGGCGAAAAGUCAGGCAGCCCCAGCCGCUACACCCUCGUUCCGUCUUUACAGAUGGAAACCAUGAGGCAGGAGUCUGUGUCCACGCCAAGCUCUGACUCCACCUCCCUCUACCAUACGUUUCAACAUUCAUCGCUGCUCUCCAGGUCCAAGAAGAAGAAGACAGCCGCACAGCCGACUGCCAGCAGCAAGCGACGCAUCUCCUGCAAGGAGCUUGGACGUGGCGAUUGUGAGGGCUGGCUCUGGAAGAAGAGAGAUGCAAAGAGCUACUUCUCCCACAAGUGGAAGAAGUACUGGUUUGUGCUGAAGGACUCCUGCCUCUACUGGUACAUGGGCGAGGAGGAUGAGAAGGCUGAAGGCUUUGUCAGUCUGCCGGAGUUCCACAUCGACCGGGCCAGCGAGUGCCGCAGGAAGUAUGCUUUCAAGGCCUGCCAUCCAAAGAUCAAAAGUUUCUACUUUGCAGCAGAUGGCUUGGACGACAUGAACAGGUGGCUGAGCCGUCUCAAUAUGGCAGCAGCGGGUUACACAGAGCAGGAGAGGAUCAGACAGGACCAAGAUUACUGGAGUGAGAGUGAUCGCGAAGACACGGACACACCUUCCACGCCCAAACAAGACAGCCCUCCGCCUCCGUACGACACCUAUCCCCGGCCUCCCUCGGUGGGCGGCAGCAGCCCUUACCUGGAGCCCAAACACGGUCGUCUGUCCUCUACAGAGACCUCGCAGUCGCGCUCGUCCCACGAGGAGUUCCGCUCUGAGCCGCUGGGAGGUAGCAGCAGUGGCACCUCUCCGGCGUGCAAAUCGGCCAGCCAGCGGCGCUCGUGGCAGGACUUGAUUGAGACCCCGCUGACGAGUUCGGGGCUGCACUACCUGCAGACGCUGCCCCUGGAUGACGCGGUUUUCAGCAGCGAGCCGGGCACCGCGUUGUCCCCCGAGGGACGCCGCCAGUCCACACUGCCCGCCCAGCGCAGCCUGCUGCAGGAGCACUAUGGCCCUCUCACUCCGGCUGGGGGUGGACAGCUACUGAAUGUGCCCGGGGGAGGGGGCAAACCUCGCAGCUACACCUUACCGCGUGACGGUGGGCUCCAUGCCCUUCUCAGCAUGACCGCCAGCACAGAUCAAAGUGACGCAACGCGCUACCAUAGAGGUCAGGGCCACAGCCAUGACAGAGAUACAGAGCAGGACGGGCAGCAGGUGGACUCCCUUCGUGACCUGUACCGUGCUCUGGAGCGGGCCAGCUUGUCGCCCCUUGGUGAGCACCGACCAUCCAGCAGGCUCGAGUACAAACGGUCGUUUGUACGGCGCUGCAACGACCCCCUCCUGAAUGAGAAGCUGCACCGUCUGCGCAUCCUGCAGAGCACGCUCAAGGACUCUCAGCUCCAUGACACAAAGCCUCCAUCAGGGUACUGAGAGCGCCCCUUGGAAGCCAGCUGCCCCCCAGCAUAGCCACUCCGAGGACCUCCGGCCACGCUCUUCGCAAUGCUCUGUGCCGGAUAGGACCGGGUGGACAGCGCUCAGCAUCGAAGCCAUACCUGCCUCCCUUGUCCUCCUAUGGUCACCUACAGGCCACCGAAACACCCAGAAUUCUUUUCAGUUUGUUGAUGCACUCUAUUAGAAGCACAAGCCCAUGCGGUUUUCCUGCCCAUGUUUACAGUUUUUAUUCUGCUGGGGAUGAUGAAGAAUCGAUGAAAUAAGCACACGGUACCUAAGCAGCUCCUUGCAGCUCCCUGGUGGUGCAUGUUGGCGAUUUUGACAGCCUGUCAGGGUCCCUGGGUCCCCCAGAUUGGCACAGCACCAGGGGCCCAUCAUUAGAGCAGGAAGUUCACAAGCGUCUCCAGGGAUCAUGCAGUUGAGAGGAAUGAGGUCAUCCACAAUUGUUAUCCAUGGACUAUCCUUCCAAGGGUCUCACUGGGUCUCGAACCUGUAACCUGGUUGUCCGGCCUCCCGCGCCUUUCCUAGACCUUUGACCUCCGUGUCCUUACCGCUCAAACGCAGCAAUGCUGGGAGUGUUGUUCUGUGGAUUGCGUAUGAUUGUUCUGUCUCAACCAUGCAUGGCUGCUCCUCAAAUAACUUUUGUAAUAUCUCUGUAAUAUUGAAAUAUAUAAACAUGAAUAUAGAUAAACGCAUUCGUUCUCCUUCAAGCUCGUGGACUUGUGGAGAGGAGGGCAGGCUGUCCGUGUCACUCCUUCCUCGCUGGCUCUUCCGCUGCGCUUCCGUCACUAUGGUCCUCAAUCCUUAUACCCCCCCGCACCCCCCUUGGCGGUGCACUCACCACGGUGGCCGUCGGCCGGCAAUAAUCACCCUUCAGCUGUACCGUCCAGAACAGGGUCUAUUUUUGUAUGCAUCAUGUUUGCCCGAAUGUGUGAUGAUGGUUCCCGUAUAGUGAUGUAUCUGUGGCUCUGAAGAAGCCAUUUCCUCACCAUCCUGGGAGUGCGUAAGUUAAAACUUUGUACGAGAUAUUUUAACAUGUUUACGCUGUAUUGUAAAUACAACUGGAAUGUGAAUAUGAAGUGUUCUCUUCGGUCUCUGCAUAAAGG